AUGACCUUUUUACCUAGCAACGACCGCAAGUACGUGCGUGACCUUUCGACGAAAUGCAGUCCAUUUCACCAGCUGCUGAAAGCGGGAGUGCAGUGGUCAUGGUCCAAAGAAUGCGAGUCACAGUUUCUGGCCAUCAAAGAAGAAAUAGUACGGGCAACGUUUUUGGUGCAUUAUGAUCCAGAAAUGCCUCUUGUCCUGGCAGCGGACGCCUCGCAGUACGGUGUGGGCGCCGUGCUGUGUCAUCGGUUCCCGGACGGCACGGAACGACCGAUUGCGCACGCAUCAAGGACACUCACCGCAGCUGAGAAGAACUACGGGCAAAUAGAGAAGGAGGCACUUGCCCUUGUUUUCGGCUGCCGCAAAUUUCACCAGUAUAUUGCUGGUCGCGAAUUCACGUUGUGCACGGACCACAAGCCGCUGCUGAGUGUCUUCGGAAGCAAUAAAGGAGUUCCGGUCGUGACAGCCAACCGACUCCAGCGAUGGGCACUACUUCUCAUGGGCUACUCCUUCUCAAUCGAGUACCGGCGCACCGAGGAUUUCGGCCAAGCCGACGGCCUGAGUCGCCUGCCACUCCAUUCGACCGAACUGGAUGGACUGAGCGGGCUGGGAAUGGACAAAGUGGUAAAUGCGGUACACGAAGACAACGUGUCACGCUUGCCUGUCAAAGCAGAAGCCAUUGCCAAAGCAACCGCCGAAGACCAGGAUCUGUCCACGGUCCACGGUUACAUCCUGCAUGGAUGGCCGGCCACGGUUGAUGAGCGGUUGCGUCCCUACAAACGACUAGAGAAUGAAUUGGUGCUGACCAACAACUGCAUUUGCUGGGGAUCGCGCACGGUAAUUCCGGUCAAGCAGCGUCGGCAGAUACUGGACUACCUGCAUGAAGCGCACAUGGGAGCCGGUAAGAUGAAAGGCGAGGCACGCGCCUAUUGCUGGUGGCCACAGAUGGAUAAAGACAUCGAGCACAUGUCUCGUGAGUGCCGGAUCUGCUCGGAACGCGCUAAGGAAACGGCCGAAGCACCGCUCUCGCAGUGGGAAGUGCCCGAAAGCCCAUGGAUGAGGUUGCACAUGGAUUUUGCCGGUCCAUACCACGGCACAAUGCUGCUGCUGGUGGUCGAUGCCAUGUCCAAAUGGCCGGAAGUGGCGCAAAUGAAACACGCUACAUCCGAUGGCGUGUUGGAAACUUUGCGCAACCUGUUCAGUCGGUACGGCGCUUGUACCGAAAUCGUUACGGACAACGGCACCCAGUUUACGUCACAGGAGUUCGCAAACUUCUGUGCGGAACACGGGAUAAAGCAUCUCAGGACACCACCGGGACACCCACAAUCGAAUGGACAGGCGGAGCGGUAUGUCCAGACCAUCAAGGACGGAGUUGCGAAACUCAUGGCUGACCGGAAGAACCUGUCCGAAGCACUGCGGCAGUUCCUCUAG